AUGGUCUUCUACGAGAAGCUCGUCCCGCUCGGUGAGGAGCUGAAGGAGCUGCUCGCCAAGGAGGCCAAGGCUCAAGGUGUCCCAAAGCUGGUGUUCUCCCCCUCCGAAAUCGGGGGCUUUGAGCUGACCGUCGAGGCGCCGAAGCCGGUCGAGCCUGAGUCGGAGCCCGAGCGGGUUGAGCCCGGUUGGGCUGGCGAUGAUGAUGUCUGCUAUCGUUCCGGGCAGAGAUCAAAGGCCAGCCAGAAACAGAUCGAAAACAGUGCUGGCGGCUUCGUCUUCCAGGUCUCCGACGAGACUCGCGUUCGCCGAUAUUUGAUUAUGGGCACGACCGGUGGAACGUUCUACAUCAGCGAGAAGGAGCUGGCGAUCGAGAACCUGGCGGAUUUGAUGCGAAUCAUUGACCAAGGAGAAGCCGCUAUGGUUCUUCGUGAAAUCAAGGAGAUCUCAUUGGGCGGAAGAAACCCGAAGCAGGAACCCGUCAUGUUUGCAUUGGCGCUUUGCGCGAAGUAUCGUAUCGGCCAUCUACACAGCAGCGGACUCGGGUCGGAAGCGGCGAAGCUCUACGCUAACUACCUCAAAGCGAUGCAUGCCGCUGCCCUCGAACUGUUGCAAUCGGUCUGUCGCAUCCCAACCCAUCUCUUCAUGUUCGUCGACUUUGCGCAGAAGGUGGCCAAGCACUCGGGGAUUCCAAAAGGCUCGACUGGAUGGGGACGUGCUUUCCGGAAAGCCAUCUGCGAUUGGUACGCCGCCAAAUCGCCGCGUCAGAUGGCGAUGGCCGUCACGAAAUACGGAAAACGUGGUGGAUGGUCACAUCGGGACCUCUUCCGACUCGCCCAUCCAACGCUCAAUUACUCGGCCGAUGAUGACCAAUUCCUGGAGCGCGAGCAAAUCUAUCACUUCAUCGUCAAGGGCGAGCUGGCCCCCAGGAAGAGGACAUUCGCCCAAGCGGAACUCGAUCUACUCGAGCAGAAGCCCACCGAAAAGCAGUUGGACAGCGAGGAGAAAUCGGAGGCGUUGAACCUGAUCGAGACGUACAAGAGCCUGAACAAGGACAGCGCCGAGCAGGACGUUGUCGUGGCGAUUAAGCAGAAAGGCCUGGUCCGCGAGCACAUCCCGCCCGAGCUGCUCAACUCGGUGCCAAUCUGGAAAGCCCUGCUCGACGACAUGCCGAUGACAGCCCUCAUCCGAAACUUGGCCAAAAUGACGGCCAUCAACGUCAUCGAUGCUGAUAACGUCCAGCUCGUCUGUGGCCAGAUCACGAAUCAGGAGGCCAUCUACAAGUCCCGGAUCCACCCGAUGCAGAUCCUCGUUGCUCAUCACAUGUACAGGAGCGGCAAGGGCGACAAGGGCAAGCUGACCUGGGGGCCGAAAGUAGAAAUCGUGGCAGCACUGGAAAAGGCGUUCUACACCUCGUUCAAAAACGUCGAGCCCACCGGAAAGCGAUAUUGCUUCGCCUUCGACGUCAGCGGCAGCAUGUGUCAAAGCGUGCUGGGCACGACAAUCACGGCCCGGGAAGCCUCUGUCGCGAUGGGGAUGAUUGGGCUGAGGACCGAGCAGAAUGCGGAAACGGUGGCCUUCUGCGACGCGCUGGAGGAGAUCCCGUGGAAAAAGGAGUGGAAAUUGGACGAGACGUGCGACUAUUUCAAUAAGCUAAGGUUCGGAGCCACCGACUGCGCACUCCCGAUGGUAUGGGCAAAAGAGCAAAAGAAGAAAUUCGAUGUCUUUGUCGUCUUCACCGACAACGAGACGUAUUACGGGAAAAUCCAUCCCCACGACGCGCUCUGCGAAUACCGUGAAGCCUCGGGGAUCCAUGACGCCAGGCUGGCCGUGAUGGGCAUGUGCGCCAAUCAGUUCACCAUCGCCGAUCCGGACGACGCGGGAAUGAUGGACUUCCAGGGCUUCGACCCUUGCUUCCCGCAGAUGCUCGCCGACUUUGCCCUUGGCCGAAUC